AUGCCUGAUACCGCCAAGGACCGCAGACCUAAAAAGCCCGUGGUGCACUGCAUCGGCAGCCGGCCGCCAUUUGAGCCGCAGACUCGCUGCAAGGAUGCCACCGCUCUCCAGGCAGCCGAUGAGCUGUUGAGCAAGGAUGAUUUUGCCGGCGCGAUCCGUUCCUUCUUCCAAAUACCGGCCGGGGAUGACUACGUCUACCACGCCCUGGCCAGCGUCAAGCUGGACGAGGUACAGCGGGCUGUCGACGCGGGUGGAGCUGGAGGCCGCCAUGCUUGGUACAGAAGAAGCGAGGACGGUCAGCCUCUCCCGUCCCCACCACAAGCAGACGUCGAAGCCUACAUCUCCAUCUUCGACCCGGCAAAAUCCGCCCCCUCGGCGCUAAAGUCUUUCCUGUCCAAUGCAAAGAAAGACUCAAUCCGCCUGGCAUGCGCCACCCUCCUGGCCGAGAAGCGCUUCAUCCACCCCGCCCUCACCCAAUCCCUGACCAUCCCCAAGCUCCGCAAACCCAACACCACCGCCGCCGACACCCAACCCUCAAACCCUUACCUUAAAUUCUGGGCCUGGUCCUGCCGGCGACUGCAGUGGUGCGGGCCACACCCGACCACGGAGCGCGUGCGCAUGGCUCACCCGGUGCUUCCGGUGCUCAUGCACCACUUUGGCUGCGCCGUGCCGUCGCGCGAGGCCCUCGAGGUCCUGCGCAUCCUGGCCGCCGGCCGGACCGUCGCCGACGUCGGCUCCGGCAAUGGCUAUUGGUCCUUUAUGCUGCGGCGCCACGGCGUCCCCACCUUGGCCGUCGACAACGAGCAGUCGCUGUGGCGCGCCAACUGGAUAGACGACACCGUCAUCGACGACGGCGUCGCGUGGCUGCGUCGCCGGGAGCCGCCCGGCGGGAGGGAUUUGGUUCUGCUACUGGUUUACCCGGUCGUCGGCCAGGACGGCAAGGGCGAGUUCACACGCUCCCUCCUCGCCGCGUACGCCGGCGACACCGUCGCCGUCGUCGGGACGCAGAACCGCAACGGAUACACAGGCUUCGCAGGCAUGACUAUGGAUAAGUACAUGGAGCAGGAGGCGGCCAAGGACUGCGCCAGCAGCGAUAAAUGGGUGCGGGUGGCCCAGAUACCACUUCCCAGCUUUGCAGCAAAGCUCAUGUCUCUAGUUGAUACGCAAACAGAUGAAUCCUCAACAUAG